ACUGCAGAGUGUGCCUGUGCUGAAGAAUGAGUCGCUGACGGGUGUGUUGCUAUGGGGAAAUCGGUUGAAAACGUUUGAAAUGGGAAAGCAAGCACUACUCAAGCUGCGAGUACUGGACCUGGGCCACAAUGACCUCAAGUCCAUGCCAUGCCUGGCAUCGGUACCGAAUUUAAUCGAUCUGAACCUGUAUGUAGCCACACACUAG